AUGAAGUCAACACUACAUAAACGCUUGCUUCUUAGGGAGCAAGGUGAUAAUACUUUGUACUCCAGUGUUCGUGGAAUAUAUGGUGAUAAGGCGUGGAUCGACGACUUGGACAUAGUUAAUGAACUGGGAGGGCAUAAUGGCUGCGUCAACGCUCUAGCAUGGUCAAACUCUGGAAAGCUUCUUGCAUCGGGUUCCGAUGACAAACACUUGAACAUCUUCUCUUAUCAACCGGAAUCAAGUGACGUAUCGUUCUUCCUCAAAACAACUGUUAUUACAGGCCAUUCAGCAAACAUAUUUUCUGUGAAAUUUAUGCCACAUUCGAAUGACGGGACACUGAUAUCCUGUGCCGGCGAUUCCGAAGUCCGUGUUUUUGAUAUCGAACAUCAAGGGAGAUCUGCAAAUACAACGACCCCUGCCUUUACUUCUGCUCGACGACGAAGGAUUAAUAAUUUCUUCAGUGGAAUGUGCUAUCUAACAGAAAAUAACACAAAUUCCAGAGUGUACAGAUCUCACGCCGAUCGAGUCAAGCGAAUUGUGACGGAAAAUUCACCUCAUCAUUUUCUAACUUGUUCAGAGGAUGGGGAAGUGAGGCAAUGGGAUUUGCGUCAACCGUCGUCUGCAUAUCCAUCUCCCCGUGGUGGUCAGGGGUUCAUGGCGUUCAGACCAGGUUUGAGACACGACGACUCCAAUGUACCUCCACCCUUAAUAUCGUAUAAACGAUAUAAUCUCGAUUUGAAUACCAUAUCUUGUUCCUCGAGCCAACCACACUACAUUGCUCUUGGGGGUGCUCAUCUCCAUUGCUUCCUACACGAUAGGCGGAUGCUAGGUCGUGACUUAGAGGAAGAGCGCGGUCAGCCGGGAAGCUACAGCCCUCCUAAGUCUUGGCAUGAAAACGAGCUUAUGGGCAAGGCUACACGCUGUGUUAGGAGAUUUGCCCCACGAGGCCAGAAGAGGAUGAAGAAGAGAGACAACGGACAUAUUACGGCUUGCAAAAUUAGCAAUGCUAACCCAAAUGAGAUGAUUGUCAGCUGGUCUGGAGAACAUAUUUACAGUUUUGAUUUGGUUCGUAGCGAUGAUGCGCUGGGCCACAAAGAAGGGGAUGGAAAGGAGUGUUUGAAUGGCACUGCCUCCGGAAGAGCCAAGAAGUCAAAGAACCGAAAAAGGAAGCGCGGAAAAGCCCGAUCCGCCAGCUCUACUACCAGCGGAUCUCGUCAUCAGUCGCGUCUCCGGCCUGAAAGCAACGAAUCAGAAGAUCUAGCUUUUAGAGUCCGUUAUAGGAACGGUGAGCUUGAAGAUAUCCCUUUCGACUCACUUCCAGGCACAAAUUCUGCCGACACUCCCCAAGAAGUCCUAGAAAGAGCACGUGAAUCUGUCCUCAAUGAGGCGCAAAAGCUGAGCCUUCGUAUAGCCAAGGGGCUUGUUGAAGUUCGAAAGUUACUUUUUUCAGUUGAUUCUUGCACUCGUGAGGCGGCCGAGGAGCAGCCAACCUCUGAUCCCACACCAUAUACUUCUUCGUUUACUGCUGUCCUUGGCCUCGCAGCAACGUAUUUACCCGAAAUGGACGAUGUAAUAAGGAAGUGGACGUAUCCUCUAAACCCCACUCAUGCAGAAGUGGUUUUCCAACAAGCUCUACGCAGUAAUCGAGAAUCAUCUCGUCGAUUUAUCCAGGCCUCCGGUACUUUAGCCAGGGCCCUUGGCGGUAGAAUUCAGACAGCAUCGGGUGGUGACAGCCCACAGCUGCAAUUUUUCCGUCGUAUUGAGCCGGCUCCUACUGAAAAUGGCAUCAUUGAUCAAAGCAGCCAAUUUGGGUACGAUUUUUUAAAGGCUAUUUUACUUUGGCUUGAAGGCGGGAGAUCAGCCCUACUAGAAGGCUUCAAAGAGUCUCCUACCGAACGCCGCAAUUCAGCUAGAUUUCCUAUUACUCAAUCUGCAACAGAUGAGGCUAUCGAUACCGUUUUGAUACCAUACUUGAAGGGUUUGGCCGGAGGCAACCCGAUAGUGAACGUUGAUACGUCCAGAUUCGAGCUUGACGAGUCUCGGAUGAUAUUCACCUCUCAGUCUCAUGCAGUAAACGCCUUUGCUCAGGCAAUCAAGCUCCCUUUAGAAGAUCUUUCUGGUUCAGCAUCGUUGUCAUCAGUUGAGGGUGAGGAUAUGUUAAGUGAUGUCUCUAACCUAUCUGCUCUUGAUCGCCAUGCUGCGAUUAGAUUCUGGGGCCUAAAAGUAGGAAGGGGCAUUUUGAUGGACGUUGGUGAAGGUGUCAAUUUCGAAUUUGUCAAUCGAGCCUUUGGCGGCCUUCGAGCUACGUUGGAGGAGGACGAUAACGAGGACGAUGGGAGAGAAAGGUUACAAGAGGACAUUGAUCCUAAUGAGGAAGAACAAGAAAUCUCCGAACUCCACAUUCUCACCAGAUCCCCACAACGUCAUAAUCGUCAUUUACAGCCAGAAGUCACUUCUGAUGUUGAUGCUGAUGAGGGUCAUGAUGAUGGAAAUUCAUCCGAAGAUCAAGAUGACGACGAUGACGAUUCCUACAGUGAUAGCGAUAGCAGUGAUUAUGACUCUGAGGAGGAGAGAUUUAGGGAUGAUGAAGAUGACGAAUUUGGAAUAUCGACUCAACUACCGUCAACGUGGCGCAACUCAGUUGAGUCGCAUGUUCCCUGCUCUUCCCAUAUAAACGUCUACCAAGGGCAUUGCAAUGUCAAAACUGUUAAAGACGUUAAUUACUUUGGCUUGGAUGACGAAUAUGUUGUUAGUGGAAGCGAUGAUGGCAAUGUCUUCAUAUGGGAUCGAAAGACAUCUGAUCUACUAAACAUUCUGAACGGGGAUAGCGAAGUUGUAAAUGUUGUGCAAGGUCACCCUUAUGAACCGACGCUCGCAGUAUCAGGCAUUGACCAAACAAUCAAAAUAUUUUCGCCCGAUAGCCGAGCACAACAUGAUGCUAGCAAUGGUAUUAACAUCGCUGACCCUGAUGCUCAAUCCAAUCUUGUUGUUGGCGUCGAGAGUGUUUUAGGAGAAGGGCAAACAAGUGCACGGGGUAUUGGACUUGAGAGUAGAAAACGACUACACGACAGCUAUCAGAUUUUAAGCCAGAAUGACGUGAACCGCCAAGGGGGAAUGAAUGAGGCCUUUCUCACGAGAAGCAUGCUCGCCCGUGUAGCAGCAACGCUCAGGGAUAGACACAAUGUUAGGCUUGGAUUCGCUGGUACUAAUGCUGGGGGAGAUGAACACCAGAUUGUGCUAGAUGAGAACUGUUCUAUUUUUUCGGGGUGGUGGGCAAUGAUGGGCUGCAAACGAGCACACGACUAUCUAAACCAGUCACUUUACGAUAUCCCAUGCCAACUCAUAAUAUCAACCGUUGUCAAGUUCUUUUGCACCGCCACUAGUUUCUACGUUGAUCCAUAUAACCCAAUUCGGUAUUUACGACGCGGCCUGACAUAUGAGGCGCUUAAAUUCCCAGAUUUAGCUGCUGCAGAUGCCUAUCGUGCUUUGACUCUAUUUGAUUCCGUUAUUGACCCGCAUUCAAGUGACUAUCCGGCCAAGCAACGCGUUGGGCUCCAAAGUUCAUUGGACUCGAGUUCUACUCAAGGCCUAGAACAAUCUCUAGCGGCGCUAUCUACAAAGGACGAUACGGAUAGCAAUCAAGAUGGUGGUGGCAGUGAUGAUAACCAAAAUUAUGAACUGAUCUCAGACGAAAAGUAUAACGAAAAUAUCAUUGACGUUUACGCAUUGUUGGUGAAAUCCCUCGCGCAAUGUGGUUGUCUGAGAGAUGCGUACGAGAUCUGUGUCCAGGCUAUGAAGUUGCCUAUUGAAGGAAUCAAAACUACGCGAAACAUAGAGCUAGAAACUUUGCUCGACAAAAUUAAAGAAACUGUUGCCUCCCAUACCGGUGAUGUAUCCAGUUUUGAUCCUACGGUACUUCCUGUUCAAGGCCAUGCCAGAAGGUCGUUAUACCCAUGGAACACCCACGAACCAGACCGUAACAAACCGGCAGUAGUGCAAUUUUUGAACGAAUGUCUGGUACAGGUAGCUCCUAAGUGCGAGGUACGGACUAUUGCUUUACCUUCUUUACAUGAGAGUGUUGUGGAUGGAAAGAUUCGAGAAGACAUCACUUUGGAAGGUAGCAGCGUUUCUAUCCAGCUCGGCUUGUUUGCCAAGGAAGACAUUGCUCCUGGCGAAAUUCUUUUACAGGAAUCAUCGAUGUUAACGGCAACAAAUCGGCUACAUGAUGACAUAUGUGAUGCUUGCAAUGGCCGAUUGCCAGACCUCUCUUCGCCCGAACCGCCCGUGGCCUGUGAGGACUGCUAUGAUACUAUAUUUUGUAGCCAAAAGUGUCACGAUCUUGCGCAGAAUCUGUAUCAUGGUGCAAUGUGUGGGAAAGAUGGGCUAGAAUCUAUCGGAAAAGAUAUUCCGGAUCCAAAGGACAAGGCCGAUUAUUUAUAUCUUCUAUUACUUGAGCGUGCGAUUGCGAUGGCGGCUACUCAAGGGGUCCACCCUCUUGAACUUCCAGAAAUCAAAUAUAUAUGGGGCGAUUUCUCCGCCUCAGAUAAAAAGGAAGAUUAUAUGGAUACAAAUUUCACUAAGUGUCCUGUAUCCGCAACGCUACCGUUUUCUUUCCAACUUAACAUUGUCCAACCUAUGCGUAUUCUAGAUGAGAUGGGAAUCGACCCAUUUAAAUCAUUAGAUCAAUACGACACUUGGGUUCUCAACACCUUGUACGCCAAGUUCCGUGGGACUGCAUCUGGUCGUUUAUCUACGUGGGAUGGCGGCCCUGAGGUUUGUGCUGUACACCCCCUGUGGUGCUUGGCAAACCACAGCUGCGAUCCGAAUGUUCGGUGGGAAUGGGGCGGCGAGGUUACAUUUACUGCUAGGACUGAGGAAGAGAAGGUUAGAUGGGGUCGGAGUCCUAGCCCCGUUAAGGGUGGCAUUCAAAAGGGAGAGGAAAUUCUAAACCACUACUGUGACGUUAGUCUUCCGGUAAAGAAGAGACGUGAAUGGGCGAUGGGUGCGUUGGGAGGUGCCUGUCUAUGUGAUCGUUGUAUCUGGGAAGCCGCACAGGCGUGA